GAAACAGAGUGAGAGAGAGAGAGAGGAGUGAGAGGGGAAGAAGACGAUGGCGUCAAUGUCUCUCACGUUUUCUUCUUCGCUAUGUUCAUCUCGAAUCCCCGGAGAAAAACGCAGAUUCCACCAGAGAGAAACAACCCUCGUGCGAUGCGUUCUCGCCGCUUCUAAAUCAUCUCCUGGAGGCGCCGCCACGAAGAAGAGGCUCUGGAAGGAAGGAGAGUUUCCCGGAAUCACGGAGCCUGCUAACACUAGAAGAGCCCCGAUGAAGAACGUGAAGAAGAAGCUCGACAGGAGGAGCAAAGCCAACGGGUGGGUUAACACCGUAACCGAGACCUUAUCCGAUCUCAUCGCCAAAAAGCAGUGGCUAAAAGCUCUCGAGGUGUUUGAGAUGUUGAGGGAGCAGCCCUUUUAUCAACCAAAGGAAGGGACUUACAUGAAGCUUCUCGUUCUUUUGGGGAAAUCUGGACAGCCUAAUCGUGCACAGAAGGUGUUCGACGAAAUGCUUGAAGAAGGACUUGAACCAACUGCUGAGCUCUACACUGCUCUACUCGGUGCUUAUUGUAGGAGUAAUCUUAUAGACGAGGCUUUCUCAGUUCUUGAACGGAUGAAAAGCUUGCCUCAGUGUCAACCUGAUGUUUACACUUACAGCACUCUGCUCAAAGUCUGUGUGGACGCGUCUCUGUUCGACUUGGUUGAGUCUUUGUAUAGAGAGAUGGACGAGCGUUUGAUCACUCCGAAUACUGUGACUCAGAACAUAGUUUUGAGCGGGUACGGGAGGGUUGGAAGGUUUGAUCAGAUGGAGAAAGUUCUGUCUGAUAUGCUGGUGAGUACUGAGUGUAAGCCCGAUGUGUGGACGAUGAACAUCAUCCUUAGCGUGUUUGGGAACAUGGGUAAGAUUGACAUGAUGGAGAGCUGGUACGAGAAGUUCAGGAACUUCGGGAUCGAGCCGGAGACUCGGAGUUUCAAUAUCUUGAUCGGUGCUUAUGGGAAGAAGAGGAUGUAUGAUAAGAUGUCAUCCGUGAUGGAGUACAUGAGAAAGCUGGAGUUUCCGUGGACGACGUCGACUUACAACAACAUCAUCGAGGCCUUUGCGGAUGUCGGUGAUGCGAAGAACAUGGAGUAUACGUUUGAUCAGAUGCGUAGCGAAGGUAUGAAAGCAGACACGAAGACGUUUUGCUGCCUCAUUAACGGAUAUGCCAACGCUGGUCUUUUCCAUAAGGUGAUAAGUAGUGUCCAGUUAGCUGCGAAGUUUGAGAUACCGGAGAACACUUCUUUUUACAAUGCGGUUAUAUCGGCUUGCGCCAAAGCGGAUGAUCUGAUAGAGAUGGAGAGAGUGUACACGAGGAUGAAGGAGAGGGAAUGUGUGCGUGAUUCAAGAACGUUUGAGAUCAUGGUGGAGGCUUAUGAGAAGGAAGGUAUGAAUGAUAAGAUCUAUUACUUGGAACAAGAGAGGCAAAAGGUUAUGGAUCAUCAUGCUGCAGCUACGAAAGAGGAGGAGAAUCUCCCUGGAUGAUUGGAGUUCUGUGAAUCUCUGACAAGUAGAGAUAAAUAAAGAGAGUUUGCAAUACACUUGGAUUGUUCUUGCAGCUAUGUGUAUAAAGCUUUUCUUGUUUUUGUAAUGUUUGAAUUUUUUUUUUUUUGAUCAAAGGAAUCAUUCUCUU